GCUUUUUCAGCCCAGCGCUUUCAGAGCACGUCCUUAGACCACCAUCUAUACUGGUGCAAGUUCUUAAGCCAAGGGGAGCCUGCGCCUGGUGUAGUGAGUCAUAGAAACUCUCCAAACGAGAGUGCUGACCUGCUAGGAUGUGAAAACGUAACAGCCCAGCUUUGAUUAAAGAUGACUUCCUUGUUUACUCAAGAAGUUCACCUUUCUAAAAGACAUGAAGAAAUAGUGUCCCAAAGAUUAAUGUUACUUCAGAAAAUGAAAAAUAAAUUCGGAGAUCAAAGCACAGAAAGGGCAUCUCUCCAAGCCACGGAGACUGCUUGUAGAAGGAACCUCCAGCUCUUGCAGGACAUAGAUGUUGCAGAGAAGGCUUUUCAGACCAAGCUUACCCCACAUCCACAGCCGGAGAUGCUUUCUCUUGAGACUCGUUACUGGGCAUCAGUAGAAGAACAUGUCCCCAAAUGGGAACAGUUUCUUUUAGGAAAAGCACUGUAUCCGAUUGGGGCUGAAAGUCAAAGUGAGGCACCAUUUGUUCAAAGCGAAGCGAAGUCCUAACUUAUUCAUAUGCUCUGGGGGUGUUGGGGCACCGAAAACCUAUUUGAUAAAACUAUGUAAGUUGUGGCAGAAACUUAGAGAAGUUUUAUUUUGUUACUAUUUUCUAUUGUUUCACUGCUUCCUCGGCAGCAUUAGUAUGAGAGUCUGCGGGAAAGUCUCAGGCUAGACCCUUGCACGAACAUAGAUUUGCCAAGAAAAGAAAGAAUGCUUGUUAAAGAUGGUAUUAAAUCAACGUUGUGUGUGCUUUAAACCCGGGCCAUCAUUCUCGACUAAAGCAGAUUGGCCGUAGGUAUCCUGGAGUCGUGGUUUAACGUCAUUCACUAUGGGAACAGGAGCAGGAAACUGGAUUACUGGGGUUGUGUGCUCCAGACAGACUUCUCCAAGCCCUUAACUAUAAAGCAUUCAGUAUGUACCAGUUUCAGGAAGGCUCAGGAUGGUUUUGAAAAAUGAGAGCUGGGAAUGGCUACUGAAUUCCGACAGGCUUAUUUGAAGAUUAUCAACCUUGUGAAGACAAAUACCCCUCCCUCAGUGAUAUCUUCCAACUCCUCCUCCCCCUCCUUUCUACUACCAUUAUCUCUAAAACUUGAGAAAAAUAAAACACGUAAACUCGGAAAGCUGUGUGGGUCACAGCCCUCAGCAGAGCUUCGAGUCUCUGGUUCCUCACUGGCUGCCUGAGCACUGGGAAGAAAACAGCGUGGGUUCCUAGCUGUGGAGACAGCUUCUGGUGAGGAGUCUGCACUGCUCCGCAUUCUGAAUCACAAAUGUGGUUUUAUUGUGGUAGGUGAAGGUUCUUCCUUUUGUUUUUUUGUUUUGUUUUGUUUUGUUUUUGUUUCACCUUUAAGAUAAAAAUCUCACAGAUCAAGCUGGCUUUGAAGUCACAGCCAUCCUCUUGCUUCAGCCUCUGAACACAGGGAUCACAGAUAUGAGCCCUGAUAUUUAGGUAUCUAGAUAUUUGUAUUUUUAAAAGAAGAAGGCAAGAGUAAGUUAAAACACACAUAAGCCCUCACUACAACAAAGAACUAGUAAAGCGUCCAUUGUGCCACACGUUCCUGUUCACUGCCAUCUUGGAAAUGUCCUGUUGAGUGGGUGUUGGUGUGGGUAACAAUAACAUUGUUUUCAUAAUAUGUGCUGGCAGAUUAGCACACUUCUCUGCAGUGUUAACAGUUGUAAUUAAGGAAUAAACAGCGCAGGGUGUCAGUCCGAUGACAAUUUCAUCUAUAGUGUCACAAUACAAAAUGUCACAAAAUAUUAGAGCUGUUAUAUAGCUACAAAAAGUAUCUGCUUAAGAGCCGAAGGCAUCUUUAAGAGAGGAGACAGAGAUAGGAAACGGAACACUGACUUAGCGGCCAGAACAAUUUUAUACAUUCUCAAGACUGUCAUGAAAACAAAUUGGUAAUUUUUUCUGUUACAUUAUAGUUUGGGCUCUAGCCAUCCAGUUGAUUUAGCAGGAAAAUGCAGGUUUCUUAGCAGCUCCAAACCAGUAAACAGAUUUAGAUGUAGAAAGGAACAUGAGGAAGGUUUCUUUUUUUUUUAAACAUCCAGUCUCCCAGCAUAUGCACAUAAGAAGGUGAAUGAGGCAAUGCGAAACUUAUUUUUCCUUAGUCAAGUGAAAAAAGGCUAACCAUUUGUUAGCUGGUAAAAUAUUGUGUCAAGUAAGCCGGAACAUUCCAAAAUUAAACAGUGGUUGAUAUGUUAACGUCCUCAAAUAUUUGAGUGCACACUUCCUUUGAGAUCUGUAAAUUAAAUCACCAGUAGGUUGAAUUAAAAUACAAAAUGAAUGGCAGUGUAACCUCUCA